AUGCUCGUGUUCUGUUGGAAACUCAUGUCGGAUGAGGAACGAGUGAAGCGGAGAGGUGGUGACAAGCAAAUCAAAGAAGCAAGAAGAGACGGAGCUAGCGAGACCUAUGGUUUCCGAUGUAGGGACGAGUAUAGACAGUCCAAUGAUUAUGAGAUUCUCGUGGAGGUCGGAAAACACAAAGAUCUUUACUUGUGGAUGUCCAAAUGCCCUAAUGGUUCAUCUGUAAAGUUUUUAGUGAAUACAAGGGAGAGGACUUUUGGAGUUCUGACUAAGAUUGACCUAAUGGAGAAGGGUACUGAUGCAGUUGAUAUGUUGGAAGGGAAAUCUUAUAGGCUAAAGUUUCCACGGAUUGGUGUUGUGAAUCGGUCUCAAGCUGAUAUUAACAAAAGCGUUGACAUGAUUGUUUCCCGGAUGAAGGAAUGA